GUAACUUCCAUGGAGGCAAAUGAUAUUGAAACGACUAAGAUAUUCUUUCCAGGAAUUGCUAUCUGCUCCAUUAACAGAAUUAGUUUGCAAUCCGCGAAAAAAUUGGCGACCAAUAUUUCUAACGCAAAAAUCACAGAUCGAUCAGUCGAUGAAAUUCUCAAUUUGAUAAUGCAGCUGGGUAAUCUUUAUGUUUCUAUGAUGGUCAUAGAUAAUAGCAAUGAUGUGGAAUUAGAUAAACUAUUAACAACUUAUUAUAACGGAUCUUAUGAUGUCACUCAGAUAAUGAAAACUCUGACACCACAAUGUUCGACGAUGUUAUUAAAAUGUAUAUUGCAUGGAAUCGACAGAAAUUGUUCAGAGCUUUUUGAAUUUCGCAAAACGCAGGACGGAUACUGUUGCACCUUCAAUUACGUGCGUGAAAGCGACGACAUUCCCGAACUAAACAAUAUGAUUAAAUUGACAAGAGACCAGGAACGAGUGGAGACUCUCGGAAUAAGAAAUGGUUUAUCAGUCAUAAUGGAUUCACUUUUGGAUGAUAAUUUUUAUUCAAUAUUGCCCUUUAAGGGUUGGAAAGUGACUGUGUUCAAUCCUACUGAUUAUCCAGAUAUGACCAGUGGUGGUGUUACGGAGGUAUUCGCAAUGCCUCAAUACGAAACAUAUCUGAAUGUGGAAGCAACGCUUUUUAGCAGUAGUCAGACCAUUAUAAAUUUACCCAGAAAUAAACGUAACUGUAUAUUUUCAGAUGAAACAAUUUUUUCAAAUAUUACAAUGUAUACUUACAGCGAUUGUAUCGUCGAUUGUAAGAUUAAUGACAUACAGAAGUUCUGUGGAUGCAGACCAUUCAUUUACCCACGUCGUGGCAAGAAAGAAUAUUCAUGGCGUAUUUGCAAUAUCACGGACUUCCAAUGCUUAACUAAGUAUAAAUCUAAACGAUUGACGAUUUUCCCUUACGAGGAUGAUCACAGUAUUUUUUACCAAGAAGGAGAUAAUACUUUACAUUGUUUACAUUGUUACCCUGCCUGCAAUGAUACUAAUUAUGAUAUAUUAAGUUGGAGAAAUCUCAUCAUUCACGGUAUAUUUGAAUCCAACUUAUUUCCGAAUUACAAAAUUACUAAUGAAGGAGUGCUGCAUGUAUACUUUUCCCAAUACGGCACAAUCAAAUUGAAUCAAGAUGUGUCUUCUUACUGGUAUAAUCUUUUAAGUGAUAUCGGCGGUUUAUGUGGCGUCUUCAUCGGCUUUAGUUUCAUCUCUAUAGUGGAGCUUCUGUAUUUCUUUGUGCUCUUGUUUUGCGAUUUGUUUUGUAAAAAAUCGGCCUUGCAAAAGAAUGAUCGCAAUAUUGAAAUCUCACCAGAUCAAACCACAGGAAAAUUAUAUUGGAAUGAACUGUUGCCGCGAUCUUGGCAUUCAGCGAAAUACUGCAAAUUCUCUAUUAAAAAAGCUAGAUAUUAA